GAAAAGUUUAGAAAGAAACGCAAAAAAAUGUAAAAAAAAUCUUGACAAACAAACAUUAAUGGAUACUAAAAUAAGUAAGUUCUUUCCGUUAGACUCUACAGAAAGUGUGAUAAAGUUAUUUAAAAGUCAACUGGAAAAUGAAGAGAAAUAUGUUGAUCUUACAUUAAUAUCAAUUUGUUUGGGAUAUUACGAAAAUUCUCUAUGUAAUAGAGAAAAUCGCGAAAAUAAAUGCACAUUCCCGACUUUAGAUUUUGGAACCUUUGAGGAACUUUAUAAAAAAUUUAAGUCGAUUGUAAGUAUAGCAGAAACGCAAACAUCUCAAACAAAAGGAAAAUUAAAGACUAUUGAUGUCAAAUUACCAACUCGAGAAAAAAUUAAGAAAAUUUCGGAUGUAAUCUGGAAUUCACUCUUAAGAUCGUCUUAUAAAGACAGAGUUCAUCUACAGUCAGUUUAUAGUUAUUUAACAGGCAACAAGCUAGAUUCGUUCGGAGUAGCUCUUGUUACGCUUGCAGCAUGUCAGCUUCUUAAUUAUGAUGUUCAUUUGGCGCUAUCGGAAGACCACGUAUGGCUUGUUUUCGGAAAUAAUGAAGAGACUAUGGAAAUUACUUGGCAUGGAAAAAUUGCCGAAGACAAGAGAGGCCACUCUGUAAUUCCAGGAAUAGAAGCACACACUUGGUUGUAUCUAGCUGGAAAUCCUGUAAUUUGUACACGCUUUAUGGAACUUGCUGUUAUUGUUCUCUCAAUAAAUCCACAUUUAAAUCCAACAAGUGUUUGCGCUGAACUGGCCGAUUUGCAGCAGCAAUUGCUUUGGAUACUUUAUGAAGUUGGCCAUUUAAAUAAUUAUCCAAUGAGUUUAAUGUAUCUUGGAGAAAUGGAAGAAAAUCAUCCAACGCCAAGCAAAAUAAAGUGCGAGACUCUUUAUGAACAAGCAAUACAAUCAUCAAUUACUUAUUACAAAAAUCAUCAUGUUUAUCCUUAUUCGUGCAAGGGAAAUUAUUACUAUCGCAAAGAAAAUUUUCGAGAUGCUUUUCGGUGUUGGACAAAUGCUAGCGAUGUGAUUCGUCUUUACAAUUAUUCUCGUGAUGACGAAGAAAUUUAUAAAGAGUUUCUUGACAUUGCAAAUGAACAGAUCCCGCAGAUAAUGAAAACCGAAUCAAGUGGCCAUUCCGCAAAGAGCAUUUUGCGUGAUCCGCAUUGUUUUGCAAACCUUUUAAGAUUUUAUGACGGAAUCUGUCAAUGGGAAGAAGGGUCUCAAACACCCAUUUUACAUAUUGGAUGGGCAAAACAAUUGUGUUUCUCAAUUUCAAAAUUUGACUAUGAUAUCAGAUCUCAGAUAAAAAUUAUUAUUAAAUCAGACUUUGACGACGAUAACAAUAAUAAGAAAUCUUCAACCAAUGAGCUAAUAGUAAUUUGUAAUGAACCAAAAAUUAGUGAUGGAAUUAAACCACUAGAAUCGACGAAAUCUUCAAAUAGUGAGCUAAAAGUUGAAUUUCCAAUGCUCCCCUCGCUCGAUGAACUGACUGCAGCAUGUGGUGAGAAAAUUCUAAAUCCGGACUUUCUUUUACAUGGUGGAGGAGUUCCAUUUUCAGAGUCGACUGUCGAUGAUGAAGAUUUAAAUAAGCAUUCAGACAAAAAAGAGUCGUCUAAAGAGACUGCUAACAACACUGAAUUAUUUUGUGCAUUAAAAACGUUAUCUCGUGAAGCUGAAAAAAUUAUGUCACCGUUACAAAAAGAUGUAGCAUCACCACAACUACACUGUCCCAUAGUUAACUUUGAUUCUAAAAAUGAGACCUUAAAAUCAGAAGAUAAUUAUAAUAAUGACACGAAUAAUAAUGAUGGGAAAGUUGACAUUUUUGAAGAUGAAAAUACUCCAAAGAGGCCAAUAAUUACUUUGAAAUCGCGUAAAAUGAAAGGCUUGAAAGAUCUCUUACUUGCUGAAAAGCUUAAUACGAAUGCAAUAUCAUUACAAAUUACUGCACAAAGUCAUAUUGGAAACAAGAAAUCCAGAAGUGAAGAGUCAUCUGGAGAUGGGUCAAGGUCUAAAAGAACGCGACGAGAAUGAGACGGGUUUUUUUAUGAAAAUCUUUGGUUUUAUCCUUGACAGUAAAAGUUAAUGUUUUUUUUAAAUCUUCG